AUGAGGACUGUCUUUGUCCAAACAUUUGCUCGAGGGUCAAUCCUGAGCAUGAUGUCUAAAUUCAGACGCAAGCCGGCCUCCCGUAAAGAACAGGAAGCUGUGAAAUUAGUCAAUUCACAGCUGAUUAAGAGUGUGGAUGAUCUUUUAACAGAGUUCAUUACAACAAACAAUCAGGUACCAAGUCGUGGGUCAUUAGAGGAUUGCCCCUUUGAGAAAUUAGCCAGCAUCUUUUCCGGUGACGAGCUGGAAAGUUUUGCUGAAAAGCUGAGUGACACAUUGGCCAGUCACUUGACACCACCAAAAGUCCAAGAAAAAACACACCGAGAAGAGAUUCGUGCUGGAGUAGACAAGAUCCUUAAAGAGACGAGGAAGUGGCUAAAGAAGCAGAGCCGACUGCGCAAGAUUUGGAAGGACUGUGUGAGCAUGACUCUCAAGAAGUUCAGGAGAUUUGUGCAGAAUAACCAGUCAGAUCUCAGUCCCCCCGAAACUGGAGCUGAGGAUCAGACCUGCCCCACACCUGUGCGAGAGGAGGUUCAAAGCUUCACAGCUGAGAAGGAAAAGGAAGAGGCCUGCUCAGAUGAGGAGGAGGAAGAAGAGGCCUGCUCAGAUGAGGAGGAGAAGGAAGAGUUCUACACAGCUGAGGAGGAGAAGGAAGAGGUCUACACAGCUGAGGAGCAAGUAGAACAGGCUCAGGUGGCAAAACCAUCUGGUCAAAACACUGAAUCUGUUCUGUGGGACCCACUGAUUUGCCAAAUCAUUGUGAAGAUGUUCUUACGCAAAGUCAUGAAAAAUUUCUUCCCCGAUCAGACCUACAAAUCAGCUGAAGCCAGACUGACAGACAUGCUGUAUGAAAAGAUGAGUGGUACUUCUGUUCAUGUGGAUUUGAGCCUGAAAAGCAUCAAAAAGAAAUGCAAAGCUGUGUACAAAGAAGUGCUCAAAAAUGUUGAUGCUUCAGUUCUUUGGUUAAAUCUCUUGGAAGAGGAUCAACCACUCCUUGAGGCUGUGGCUGAGGCUCUAAUGAAGCAUUUUUCAUCAGAAAGACCCAGCUCCAUCCAAAAGUUCUUCAGAUGUCUUCUCCGGACUUUCACUUCAGCUUGGACCCCCUGGGCUUCCCGCCUAACUGCAGCUUGUCGCGCAUGA